AUGAGUUGGCGGGAAGAAAAAGUGGUGAGAAUCACGGCCCGAUCCGGAAGCGAACAAUACAGAAAUCGCUAUAACUAUCUAAGUAGUUAUAUCUUCAUAAGUAUGAGCAGCAGGAUGGAAUCUACCGAUGCGUGCGAUGAUGUCUACUUGGAGGAGGAACACUUGGAUAUUAGCCUGCAUACCAAGGUGUGCACUGAUCGAUUUGAUCAUGCCAUUCGCGUCGUCAAUAUACCCUCCAACCUCCAUGGCCAAAAGGACCGAUUUGACCUAUGGAUAUCUAAUAUGGCCGUGUUUGGUCCUCCAAACAUGUCGCUUGACUAUAGAUUGAGAUUCUGCCCUCUAGUAGUGGGCAUAAUACACCAGUUACUGGAUGUGAUUCUAGAUACACUAGACUACCUGAUCACGAAGGUUGAAACUCCUCCAGAAUACUACGCAGCAAAGAGACGCAAACCCUCUGACACCAGGUCGGGCAACGAUUGGGCUUCAACUGCUGAUCUAAGUGAAUGGGAUCGUGACAGUGAGUCAAUACUAUCAGCCACGGACGAAAGGAUUGGUGGGACUAUCACCCGCCUCCUCAGGAUAUCGAAUGCGACUCGAAGAUCCGCCACUAUCUCCCGGUUGCGGAGAGUGGUAAAAUCCACGAACAAUGACGAGGCCAACCGACUAGCUGAGGAGACCCAAGAAUAUACCCGCGCCUAUAUUCGCUGGAAUUUCCCUGAGAUUCCGAAUGCUCUGCAAGAUGCAUUGGUCGAGGCAAACGUGAUGCGAUUUAAACGCCUCUACUACCUCCAAGGCCACCGCGGACGUAGGACCCACCUGGACCCUGACCCCCGUCCGGCCCCUAAUAGCCCAAAGCCAGCUCAAGAGCAAAAGGAAACCACAACCUCGACAAUUCAUCCUCAGCUAUCACCAAAACAUGUAGUAGAGCAGGUGGCGCUUUCAGGACCAUCUACACAUAGCGUGACGCAUGCCACGACUGCCAGGGAAUCGUCAGUCAUGAAGCAAGCUGAUCACUCGAUCUCGGGGCAUUCGGGGCCAAAAUCAGCCACUAUAAAGGCGCAACUCUAUUUCCCCCCGGCUCCGAAGUCGAGUGAAUGCCCAUACUGCAAAAUGUUUUGGCACUCCUCAAAUAAGACCAACCGCAUUAAAGAGGAUGGUGAGACUAAGCAUACAGACAAGAAGUGGAGAGAUCAUGUUAUGAGAGAUCUAGAACCAUACAUCUGCCUCUGCGACUAUUGCUCUUGUUCAAUAACCCCCGAAUUAUGCACCACACUGACUUUUAACACGUCAGCCGCCUGGAUCCGCCACAUGGAAGGGUGCCAAGGGCAGUUUUGGGAAUGUCGCGCGCCAUCCCACCCCCUCCAGGAGUUCGAUACCGAAAGUGAAUACCAAUCUCAUCUCCAGGAAGUGCAUGACAUCCCGGAAGAGGAUGCUGCUAUUAUGGCUACUAGUUCUUCCCUAUCAGCAACAAAGACCUUUUUAGAAUGCCCGUUUCAAGAUACAUUUGAGAUAAAGGGGAAGUUCAGAUUUGGCUCUAUCUUCGCAUCUAAGCUCUUACAGGGGCAUAUUGCAACCCAUCUAAAGAAUAUUGCUUUAUUGGUUUUACAAAAAUCAGAACCGGGGGAUAUCAAUGAUGACCUGGAUUCGUGCCGCAGCAGCAAUGGUAGUGUAUCUCAACCCCUGAGUUCCGACGCCAAUAUCUCUACCAAGGAUGCAGGGCAACAGCACGAUCAGAUGUCCCAACGAAACAAAGAUGAAUUAUCUAUCCCUGAAGACCUCAAGCCGAACCCCCUUGUGGACGCAGCAAGUGAGGGGGAUAUUGACAAAUUUAGACAUUUCCUCGACCUGGGAUAUGAUCCUGACCAACGUCAUAACAAUGAAUGCACCCCGCUUCAUAAGGCGGCAGCUAAUGGCCAUGCUGAUAUUAUAUCUAUCUUACUUAACCGUGGAGUAGAACUUGAGUUGAAAGAUGAAAUGGGGCAGACCCCACUCCAUAAGGCGACAGCUAAGGGUCAUACUGAUAUAGUAUCUACCUUGCUUAACCUUGGAGUAAAAACUGAGCUGAAAGACGAAAUGGGGCAGACACCACUCUUGUUGGCCAUUAGAGGUGGAUUUGCCUCCCUUGUCGAAACCUUUUUAAACUGCGCAAGCAUAGAUAUUGAGAGUGAUGAUAUCAACGGUACUACACCACUCAUGGCCGCAAUAGCUCAUGGAUCUAUAGGCAUGGUACAAUUAUUAUUGGAGCAUGGAGCAAAUCCGAACGCCCGCGACAUUACUGGAAUGACCCCACUAAUGCAUACUACACAAAAACAUGACUUACGCAUCACCAGUCUAAUGAUAGCGCAUAAUGCAGAUGUGAAUGCUGUAGACAUACACUCAGAGACGGCACUCUACAAAGCUAUCUCGCAAGGUUCUAAUUCUAUUGUGAGGCUUCUCCUCGAUAUAGGAGCUAUAAUCGGAACGGACGGCACUAAAAACUCCUCUGAAGUUCACCUAGCGGCAAAGAAUGGAGGCACAUUAGUAUUGAAAUUUCUUUCCAGCCGCGGCGCCAAUAUGCAGUCCCAAGAUAUAAAAGGCCGCACACCCCUUCACUUAGCAGUAAAGGCACGAUCUAUAGAGGCAGCAGAGUUUAUCUGUAGCCAAGGUGUGAAUCUAGAGGCUAAGAAUAAAAAAGGGCAGACAGCCCUCCACCUAGCAGCGAAGAAAGGAGACAAAGCAGCGCUAAUAAUGCUAUAUAACUAUGGUGCCAACCCCGAAGCGCAGGAUUCAGCGAACCGGAGUCCUCUUCACCUUGCUGCCGAACACAACCACUCAGCCGCUGUCAAGUUACUCCUAAGCAUGGGUGUACCCUUUCAAACCCGGGAUCACCAAGGGAGAACGCCCGGAUUCAUCGCUUCCGAGAGGGGGCCUGGACUUAAUGUGGCGAGAUCGAGAGCAAACACAAAUCCAAGAAGUCGCGGGUACAAUCCUAAACCACUCUAUCUAGAGAUUCCACCCGGACUUCGUAGUAUUCAUUAUCCCGUAUGGAUCAUGGCGCUGUUCCACUUCCCGGCGCUUAAGGAGGCUCAAAGUAUGAGCCCUAACUUUGGUAGCACGCAGUCAGAAUUUAAUAAUCCUCCGGAAGAGACUUAUAAUCUAGACUAA